AUGAAGCUCCUCACUCUUAUAGGAUGGAUAAUUUUAUUGUCGGUAACAUUCGUAUACGGUAAGGACUAUUACGGUAUAUUAGAAUUAUCAAAAGAUGCGGAUGAUAAACAGAUUAAGCUGUCGUACAGGCAAUUGAGCAAGAAGUACCAUCCAGAUAAAAAUCCAUCGCCAGAAGCGCAUGAAAAAUUCAUAGAAAUAGGUGAAGCUUACGAAGUGUUGUCUGAUCCCGAUAAAAGGGCCAAGUACGACCAAUAUGGGGAUCCCAAUGGACCACAACAGGAUGAUAUGGACUUGGGAGAUAUUUUCAACCAGUUCUUUGGUGGAUUCGGUGGGGGUUUUGGUGGGGGAGGUGCUAGACAAAGAGGCAAGAGAAGAGGAGAUAAUACCAAGGCGAACAUGCAUCUCUCGUUAUACGACUUCUACAAUGGUAAAGACGUGGAUUUCGAUGUGGACAUGUUGAAUAUCUGUAACGCGUGUGAAGGAACCGGGUCUGAAGAUAAGUCGAAACAUCAAUGUGACCGGUGUAAUGGAAGUGGUUUCCUCAAAAUGCAAAGACAAUUGGCUCCGGGUAUGAUCCAGACAUUCAACACGCAUUGUGACAAAUGUAACGGGAAAGGGACUACUAUCAAACAUCACUGUAAAGAAUGUGGUGGGCAGGGAACAGAAAGAGUAUCAAGACACUAUAAUGUCUACGUUCCUUCGGGUGCGCCUCGAGACUCCCACCAAGUAUUAGAAGGUGAAGGAGAUCAGAAUCCCGAUUGGAUCCCGGGCGACCUUAUCUUAACUUUCCGGGAAGAGUUUACAUCGAGUUGGGGUUACAGACGGAUCGGUAACAACCUCUACAGAACAGAAGUGCUCACUCUCAAGGAGGCAGCACACGGUGGAUGGAAGCGCCAUAUUCCAUUCUUCGACUCCAUUGAUCACGAAAUGACCAUCCAGCGUGCCAAGGGAGAUAUCGUUAUAAACGGCGAGGUUGAAACCAUCCCGCACAAAGGUAUGCCAAUUGCCGGUGAAGACGACCAUUUUGGCGAUUUGUUCAUUGACUACAAAGUCAUCAUUCCCGAACCAUCCGCCCAUUCCAAGGACGAAUUGUAG